AUGAGAAAAGCUUUAUGUCUAACACAGAGUUUGUCAGUCAUACCCGUAACCUCAACAACUUUGAUCGAUCUCAACCGCCGACUAACCGCUCUCACUCGCUCCGGCGAGAACAGAAACGCUCUCAAGCUCUUCGCCGAUAUCCACCGUUGCGCAACUCUAAAACCAGAUCAGUACAGCGUCUCCUCUGCUAUCACCGCCGCUUCCCACCUCCGUGACACCAUCUUCGGUAGCCAAUUACAUUGCUACGCCAUCCGCUCGGGUAUAUUAUCUCACUCUCACGUCUCCAAUACGCUUCUCUCGCUCUACGCGAGAACAGGGAACGUAUCGUCAUUAAAGAAGAGCUUCAUAGAUAUCAAAGAGCCUGAUGUUUAUUCAUGGACAACCCUUCUAAGCGCAAGUUUCAAGCUUGGUGAUAACGAUUACGCCUUCGAGGUGUUCGAUAAAAUGCCUGAGAGAGAUGACAUUGCGAUUUGGAAUGCUAUGAUCACUGGUUGCAAGGAGAAUGGGUACCACGGAACGAGCAUUGAAUUGUUUCGAGAAAUGCACAAGCUUGGUAUUGGGCAUGAUAAGUUUGGAUUCGCUACUGUUUUGAGUAUGUGUUCUUUGGGUUUCGGUAAGCAGGUGCAUUCUCUCGUUAUAAAGGCUGGUUUUUUGGUUGCGUCGUCUGUUGUGAAUGCUCUGAUAACAAUGUAUUUCAAUUCCCAAGUGGUUUGUGACGCUUGUUUGGUGUUUGAAGAAGCUGGUGUUUGUGUUUGUGAUCAGGUCACCUUUAAUGUUGUCAUUGAUGGUUUGGCUGGUUUGCAAAGAGGAGAGUCUUUGUUGGUGUUCAGAGAAAUGCUAGAAGCUGGUCUUAGACCAACCGACCUAACUUUUGUAAGUGUUAUGAAUUCGUGCUCAUGUGCGGAUAUGGGACACCAAGUACAUGGACUAGCCAUCAAGACAGGGUAUGAGGAGUAUACUUUGGUUAGCAAUUCCAUGAUGUCAAUGUAUUCUUCUUUUGAGGAUAUUAUGGUUGCUCGAAAGGUUUUCGAGUCACUGGAAGAUAAAGAUUUGGUUACUUGGAAUACAAUGAUCUCAGGCUAUAACCAAGCCAAACAGGGUGAGUCUGCCAUGUCGGUUUACAAGCGAAUGCAUAGAAUAGGAGUUAAACCGGAUGAGUUUACUUUCGGAAGUCUUAUAGCAAGCUCUCUAGACUUAGAUGCCCUGGAGAUGGUUCAAGUGUGUGUAAUCAAGUUUGGUCUCAGUUCAAAGAUGGAAGUUUCCAACGCGUUGAUAUCUGCCUACUCGAAGCACGGAGAGAUAGCAAAAGCAGAUCUUAUAUUCGAAAGAGCUCUGAUGAAGAAUCUAAUCUCAUGGAACGCUAUAAUCUCAGGGUUUUACCAUAACGGGUUACCUUUUGAAGGUUUGAAAAGAUUAUCUAGCUUGCUAGAAACAGAGGUCCUAGUCUUACCUGAUGCAUAUACUCUUAGCACUCUUUUGAACAUUUGUGUAAACACUUCUUCGUUGAUCCUCGGGAAGCAGACUCACGCUUACGUAAUAAGACACAGGCAUUUCAAGGCGACGAUGAUAGGCAAUGCCCUUAUAAACAUGUACUCUCAAUGCGGAACUGUGCAAAAGUCUCUUGAAGUGUUCAACCAAAUGUCUGAAAAGGACGUUGUGUCAUGGAACUCUCUGAUCUCUGCAUACGCGAGGCAUGGGGAAGGAGAGAAUGCGGUUGUUACCUACAAGACAAUGCAAGAUGAAGGGAAAGUGGAUGCUGAUGCAGCCACGUUCACAGCGGUUCUCUCUGCUUGCAGCCACGCUGGUUUGGUGAAAGAAGGAGUUGAGAUCUUUAACUCUAUUGUGAAACCGAGUGUGGAUCAUUUUUCGUGCUUAGUGGACCUUCUUGCUCGAGCAGGUUACCUGGAUGAAGCGGAAAGCUUGGUGAAGAUGAGUGGGUACCGGGUAGAUGCGUUGUGGGGUUUGUUUAGUGCUUGUGCUGCACAUGGAGAUUUGAAGCUGGGGAAGAUGGUUGCUAGGUUGAUAAUGGAACAAGAGAAGGAUGAUGAUCCCUCGGUUUAUGUUCAACUGUCGAACAUUUACGCAGGGGCUGGUUUGUGGAAAGAAGCAGAAGAGACGAGAGAAGCCAUGAAUGUGAUUGGAGCGAUGAAGCAACGAGGUUGCAGCUGGAUGAGAUUGUGA